AUGGUGAAAUGGAAGCGCCGUUUCUGCAGCCGCCAUCCCCGUCCCACGAUCGGGGCCAAUCACACCGGUCAAAUCCUAGCGCCGGCCCUAAAAAUAGGGUUGUCACAUCUACAGAAUAGGGCUACAGGGUCAGGGCGCGUCUGGUCUAAGAACCAGCAGUUUUCUCUCGAUGCCAUCGAGUAUAUGUCAAUCGAAACACUCCCCCUGUUCGCGCUCUUCCGCGUCGACUUCGUCUCUACAAUCUUGAAGGUGUACUGCAUCCACUCCUACAAUGAGCCAAUUCCAAUUAUUCCCUCCACCUUCGCCGUCGAGCCUGGGUCUCCAAUCCCUCUUGAUGAGAUCAAAGAUUCUACCAAAACCGAGGCUGUACUACUCCAGAUUAUUGAAGAUACUCAGUCUUUUCCACCUCCGCCAUCAAGAUCACCUCUUGCGCGAAACAAGUCUUCAGCAGUAACAGAAGCGUCGCCUGCCCACAUAUCUCCUCGGUCUCCGCGCAAUUGGAGCCGCCCUCCCAAGUCAAAUCGGGCAUUGCCUUCACAAAGCCCAAGCAAUACUAGCAGUAGCGGCAGAACUGUUUCUUCGGCGGUAUCGCCACAAUCUUCACAGUCAUCGGCGUCGCCGGUCCCAAUUAGAUCAAUUUUUCCUCAGUUCAAUCCCAAACUUCCACUCAAUAAGCAGCACUUCAAUCCCCCGAUGCAUGCCGAAACACCGGCUGCAAAGCCUCGCAGACCGCAACUUACUCUGUCGACGCCAUCGUCAGAUAUCGAUCAGGCCUUGGGGCCUAAAACAGUCCCUGCAAGCAUUUUGAACUUCCCCGCUGGGGUGUUAGAGCCGGAGGAGAUACGCUACUCUUCGCCGCAGGAGUUGGAGUUAUUAUGGGAGGCUGCCAAUGGCCAACGAGCACAGAAUCUGUUUGGUACUUUCAACAUGCGCAUGACAAGGACCGGCCCAGCGACGUUUACCUUUGGCAGCUCUCAACACCCAUUUUAUACGCUGGAGACGUAUUCAAACGAUGAUCUUUCCAUUUCCCGCGGUGUUCCAUCCAAGCCUAAUAGUGAUGUGCCCAUAAUGACACUAAGUCUCGAGGAGCGCCGUCGUCGAGAGCACCCCAAUGAUGGACUCGUCGCACUUCUCUUCUCCAGGCUGGCCGCCAUGCUCGCCAUCGAACAGGCUGACGAAGUCAGCAAAGAGCACAAUCUUGCAGGAUCCGAGGCAGCAGAAGUCGAAAGCAAUGCCCUGAAACGGGCUGCAGCUCAAGAAUCCUGCCGCUUAUCGUGGAAUCGCAACCUGCGGCUCUACGAGCUUCGGCAUCCUUCGUUAUCAAAACGCGAGCCCCCGGCCCUAGUGGGAGCUGCUGGUAUCCCACUCUCCCCUGUUAGGACUCAAUCGCCAGGAAUCUUGCACAUUACUGUCUCCGAGCCGUCUAGCGAUGCAUCGCCUCAUCAGCCACCAACGAUCAUUGUCACUGGGCCUGUCUCCUUCACGGCCAUGGCAGCAGCGCAGCAAGCCGCUACCGCACGCACAUCGACAAUGCCUGUAUCCGAUGCCGAUGAGCCGUUGGCGGCUCUAGACUUCGCGACACGGACUCUAUCAAUCUCUCCGGCCGCCGUAAUUGCAACCAUUCCCUCGCUUUACGCGAUUGACUCCCUCGUCGCGGCCAUGCUUGCCGUCGCGGUAUCAGACGAAGCCACCAACCCCAUCCUCGCAGACAUGUCACUCGGGUCACCUCUGCUGGAGCCUGCAGUCAUCUCCCAUUCUAGCAACUCAAUAAGUUAUAAUGGGCCACUGAUCAUGACCCUAGCCGAGCGCGAAGAUUAUGCUCAAAGCAUGCACCUGGCGGAUCAAAUAGAAUCCGCAAAGGCUCAGGCAGAUUUCGCACCCAAGAGGAAAAGCAUCUUGAAGUUCUGGGAACGAGCGCCCUCUACAUCACAAACGCAUUCAAAGUCAAAGUCGAAGAAGAAGGAAGAGAUUGUGGUCGAGGAGUUUGAUUUAGAGAAAUACGGUCGAUACGGACACUCCUCGUCGCGGAAGGGAGAGAAAUUGCCUGGGAUUACUCGAAGUUUGUUGAAGGUCCUGUUCUUUGGCUUGGAUCUGUUUGUUAAGACGUUGACUCUUCUGGUGAAGAUACUCGCUUGGUUAUUGGUUAAUUCAACGCGUUGUGUGACGAGUGAGAAGUUCUGA